AUGAGCUCCAUCAAGAUUGAGAAUUACUACGCUGAUGCCAAGGCCCCUAUAGUAUCUUUGUCGGCCAAAUCCCAUUUCAAUGAAUUGACCUCUCAGGAAAGAAAGUACGCCCAUUACAUGUCCAGGGCUUCCCAUUGGGGAACUAGGGUUGUUCUUAGAUCAGUUUCUCCAGAAUCUGAAGUAAUAUAUGACUUAAUCAUCAGUAUUCAUAAACAUGUCAAUAGUGACUACAGCGACUUAACUAAGCAUUUGGGGGAAGUGGCAGUACAGCAAUAUCUGGAAUUUGCUUCGCAGUUUUUGUCGAACUUAGGAAAUUAUAAAUCUUUUGGCGAUGUCAAGUUUAUUCCAAGAUUGCCCAGACCUGAUUUUGAGACCCUAGUCGAAUGGACCAAUAGUGAGACUGUUCUUCAAUUGUUUGAACUUGUAAAGGAUGACUUAUACUCAUUAGAUGAGAAGAACAUACUUCUUGGAUGGAAUACUGAUGGUCAUGUCAGUUCUUACUACUUGAACAAAGUCUCAAAGGUAGAGGCUGAAGUUGUUAACGCAGCACUUGCUUCUAAGGGGAUUAUGCCUGAGAAUACACGUGUUGAAAAGUUGUCUGACUCAGAAUACAGGGUUCAUGUUGCAAGUGCUGAUAUUUCUAACAACACAGGUUACUAUCCAGAUUCAAUUGAUUACAAAGAUGCUGAUGGAAAGUCAUAUACAAUCACUUUCAAAUUUGGAGACCAUGCUGCAGAAUUCUCUCAAAUUGUCAGCAACCUUGUCGAAGCUAAAAAGUAUGCCGCCAAUGAAACUCAAGUGAAGUUGUUAGAGCACUAUAUCCAGUCUUUCACCACUGGUUCUAUGAACGCUCACAAAGAUUCUCAAAUUGAAUGGGUAAGAGACAUUGGUCCAUCUGUCGAGACCAACAUUGGUUUCAUUGAAACGUACAGAGAUCCAAGCGGUGUCAGAGGUGAAUGGGAGGGUCUUGUUGCAAUGGUGAAUAAAGAAAGAACCGAAAAAUUUCAAAAGCUUGUCAGUAGUGCCAAACACUUCAUCCAGCUGCUGCCUUGGCCCAAAGCCUUUGAGAAAGAUGUCUUUACUCCUCCUGACUUCACCUCCUUGGAGGUACUCACUUUUGCCGGAUCUGGAAUUCCUGCAGGAAUUAAUAUUCCCAAUUAUGAUGACGUUAGGAUUAACAUUGGUUUUAAGAACGUUUCCUUGGGUAACAUUUUGUCAGCUAGAUCUGCCAGCGAACCAGUUACCUUCAUUGAUGAAUCAUUGGUUGAUGUUUUCAACAAAUAUCGAAGUGAAUCAUUUGAAGUUCAAGUCGGUAUUCAUGAGCUUCUAGGCCAUGGGACAGGUAAACUUCUACAGGAAACUGGUGAUAAUUCGUACAACUUUGAUAUCAAUAGUCCUCCAAUUGGCCUGGAUGGAAAACCUGUUUCAACUUUUUACAAGAAGGGGGAGACUUGGGGAUCAGUAUUUGGAUCUAUUGCUGGUUCAGCUGAAGAAUGUAGGGCCGAAUCUGUAGCCAUGUUUUUGGUUACUAACCGUGAGCUUUUGGAGAUUUUUGGCUAUUCAACCAAAGAAGAACAGGAUAAUAUCAUCCACAUCAGCUUCUUACAAAUGGCUCGCGCCGGUCUGGUUGCUUUGGAGCAAUGGGAUCCCAAGACAAGGAAAUGGGGUCAACCUCAUAUGCAGGCAAGAUAUGCUAUUCUGAGAACGUUCCUAGAUGCUGGUGAGGACUUUGUCACUCUCAAGUACACCAAAGGAGGAGACUUUUCGGAUUUGCGUAUAGAGUUAGAUGAGUCAAAGAUAUCCACCGUUGGACAGAAAGCAAUUGGAAACUUUUUACAACAGCUUCACAUUCUGAAGUGUUCUGCUGAUGUCAAUGGUUUGACUAAACUAUACAACUCUAUCACAACAGUGACCGAAGAAAUCGCACAGUUUAGGGACACUAUCUUAGCCAAGCGUUUACCAAGAAAGCAGUAUAUCCAAGGUAACACGUUACUCGAAGAUGACACUGCUGUUGUUAAGGAAUACGCUGAGAAUGAAAUCGGCCUGAUUCAAAGUUUUGUUGACAGGGACGUCUAA